CUGUCGGAGAAGAAGAGCGACCUACGAGUGUGUGACGACUCCAGCUGCCGUUUUGGAGGCGUCUGCAGGGAUGACGGGGCCACGCUAAAGUGUGUGUGCCAGUUCCAGGUACGUGGUGUAGUUUCUGCCAUAUUUUGUGUGUGUGUGUGUGUGUGUACAUGUUUCCCUACAUUAUUAGGAUCUGAAUGUCCUGACAAGUCACCAGAAUGUCCUGACAAGUCACCAGAAUGUCCUGACAAGGUAUGAAAACUAUAUUUUUAAAAAGGUGGGACUUUUUCCAUUUUUAGAAUUAGUUAAAAUGCUAUUUUAGGCUUAAGGGUUAGGUUUAGGGUUUGGGUUUAGGGUUAGGGUUAGGAGUUAGGCUUAAGGGUUUUGGGGUUAAGAUUAGGGUUAGGUUAAGGCUUAGGGAAAAUAGGAGUUUGAAUGGAGAGAGAAAAUGGACUCCCAAAAAAAUCCUGAAAAUCCAUGUAGAAAAAGCUGUGUAUGUGUGCAUGCACCUGCAGUGUGUGUAUUUCUGUGUUGAAAAAAGUAUGAAUUAUGUGCUUGGCAGAGGUGGGUAGAGUACUGAAAAUCUGUACUUAAGUAAAGGUACUGUUACUUAGAUUGUAAUUUACUCAAGUAAAAGUAACCCUCUUAAGAAACUACUCAAGUAAGAGACCUUGGAAUAAUUUUUCUAUUUCAUUUCAUGUAGAGGUGAUGGUGAAUGCGUACUGAAAAUAUUUACUCCAAGUGUGAUGUUAAAUUUUGUUUACUCAAAAUGAAAGAUCAAGGAGGAUGUAAGCAUUACAUCAGUAAAACAACAACAAAUAUCAACAUUUCACUAUCAAUAAUGUUACUAGUAUGCAAAUCAGACAAUUCAGCAUGGAAUGAAAGAUCAAAGUAGGUAUUCAGGUAAGAAUCAUGUAAGUAAUAAAUAAUCAAACAGAGCAUAUAUCAAUUGCCAUAGUCAACUCAAUCAUGUUACAAGUAUGCAAAUCAUCAAGACACAUUUUAGCAUGGAAUUAACAUCGAUGUACAGUACCAGUCAAAGGUUUGGACACACCGACUCAUUCAAGGGUUUUUCUUUAUUUUUUUUACUAUUUUCUACAUUGUAGAAUAAUAGUGAAGACAUCAAAACUAUGAAAUAACACAUGGAAUCAUGUAGUAACCAAAAAGAAGUGUUAAAAAAAUAAAAUGUAUUUUAGAUUUUAGAUUCUUCAAAGUAGCAACCCUUUGCCUUGAUGACAGCUUUGCACAAUCUUGGCAUUCUCUCAACCAGCUUUAUGAGGAAUGCUUUUCCAACAGUCUUGAAGGAGUUCCCACAUAUGAUGAGUAAUUGUUGGCUGCUUUUCCUUCACUCUGCUGUCCAACUCAUCCCAAACAUCUCAAUUGGGUUGAGGUCGGGUGAUUGUGGAAGCCAGGUCAUCUGAUGCAGCACUCCAUCACUCUCCUUCUUGGUCGAAUUCUAAAUAAAUCACAGAGAGUUUCACCAGCAAAGCACCCCCACACCAUCACACCUCUUCCUCCAUGCUUCACGGUGGGAACCACACAUGCAGAGAUCAUCCGUUCACCUACUCUGCAUCUUACAAAGACACGGCGGUUGGAACCAAAAAUCUCAAAUUUGGACUCAUCAGACCAAAGGACAGAUUUCCACCGUUCUAAUAUACAGUGAGGGAAAAAAGUAUUUGAUCCCCUGCUGAUUUUGUAUGUUUGCCCACUGACAAAGACAUGAUCAGUCUAUAAUUUUAAUGGUAGGUUUAUUUGAACAGUGAGAGACAGAAUAACAACAACAAAAAUCCAGAAAAACGCAUGUCGAAAAUGUUAUAAAUUGAUUUGCAUUUUAAUGAGGGAAAUAAGUAUUUGACCCCUCUGCAAAUCAUGACUUAGUACUUGGUGGCAAAACCCUUGUUGGCAAUCACAGAGGUCAGACGUUUCUUGUAGUUGGCCACCAGGUUUGCACACAUCUCAGGAGGGAUUUUGUCCCACUCCUCUUUGCAGAUCUUCUCCAAGUAAUUAAGGUUUUGAGGCUGACGUUUAGCAACUCGGACAUUCAGCUCCCUCCACAGAUUUUCUAUGGGAUUAAGGUCUGCAGACUGGCUAGGCCACUCCAGGACCUUAAUGUGCUCUUCUUGAGCCACUCUGUUGCCUUGGCUGUGUGUUUUGGGUCAUUGUCAUGCUGGAAUACCCAUCCACGACCCAUUUUCAAUGCCCUGGCUGAGGGAAGGAGGUUCUCACCCAAGAUUUGACGGUACAUGGCCCCGUCCAUCGUCCCUUUGAUGCGGUGAAGUUGUCCUGUCCCCUUAGCAGAAAAACACCCCCAAAGCAUAAUGUUUCCACCUCCAUGUUUGACGGUGGGGAUGGUGUUCUUGGGGUCAUAGGCAGCAUUCCUCCUCCUCCAAACACGGUGAGUUGAGUUGAUGCCAAAGAGCUCAAUUUUGGUCUCAUCUGACCACAACACUUUCACCCAGUUCUCCUCUGAAUCAUUCAGAUGUGCAUUGGCAAACUUCAGACGGGCCUGUAUAUGUGCUUUCUUGAGCAGGGGGACCUUGCGGGCGCUGCAGGAUUUCAGUCCUUCACGGCGUAGUGUGUUACCAAUUGUUUUCUUGGUGACUAUGGUCCCAGCUGCCUUGAGAUCAUUGACAAGAUCCUCCUGUGUAGUUCUGGGCUGAUUCCUCACCGUUCUCAUGAUCAUUGCAACUCCACGAGGUGAGAUCUUGCAUGGAGCCCCAGGCCGAGGGAGAUUGACAGGUCUUUUGUGUUUCUUCCAUUUGCGAAUAAUCGCACCAACUGUUGUCACCUUCUCACCAAGCUGCUUGGCGAUGGUCUUGUAGCCCAUUCCAGCCUUGUGUAGGUCUACAAUCUUGUCCCUGACAUCCUUGGUGAGCUCUUUGGUCUUGGCCAUGGUGGAGAGUUUGGUAUCUGAUUGAUUGAUUGCUUCUGUGGACAGGUGUCUUUUAUACAGGUAACAAACUGAGAUUAGGAGCACUCCCUUUAAGAGUGUGCUCCUAAUCUCAGCUCGUUGCCUGUAUAAAAGACACCUGGGAGCCAGAAAUCUUUCUGAUUGAGAGGGGGUCAAAUACUUAUUUCCCUCACUAAAAUGCAAAUCAAUUUAUAACAUUUUUGACAUGUGUUUUUCUGGAUUUUUUUGUUGUUAUUCUGUCUCUCACUGUUCAAAUAAACCUACCAUUAAAAUUAUAGACUGAUAAUUUAUUUGUCAGUGGGCAAACGUACAAAAUCAGCAGGGGAUCAAAUACUUUUUUCCCUCACUGUACGUACAUUGCUUGUGUUUCUUGGCCCAAGCAAGUCUCUUCUUCUUAUUGGUGUCCUUUAGUAGUGGUUUCUUUGCAGCAAUUCGACCAUGAAGGCCUGAUUCACACAGUCUCCUCUGAACAGUUUAUGUUGAGAUGUGUCUGUUACUUGAACUCUGUGAAGCAUUUAUUUGGGCUGCAAUCUUAGGUGCAGUUAACUCUAAUGAACUUAUCCUCUGCAGCAGAGGUAACUCUGGGUCUUCCUGUCCUGUGGCGGUCCUCAUGAGAGCCAGUUUCAUCAUAGCGCUUGAUGGUUUUCGUGACUGCACUUCAAGAAACUUUCAAAGUUCUUGAAAUGUUCCGGAUUGACUGACCUUCAUGUCUUAAAGUAAUGAUGGACUGUCACUUCUCUUUGCUUAUUUGAGCUGUUCUUGCCAUAAUAUGGACUUGGUCUUUUACCAAAUAGGGCUAUCUUCUGUAUACCACCCCUACCUUGUCACAACACAACUGAUUGGCUCAAACGCAUUAACUUUAAGAAGGCACACCUGUUAAUUGAAAUGCAUUCCAGGUGACUACCUCAUGAAGCUGGUUGAGAGACUGCCAAGAGUGUGCAAAGCUGUCAUCAAGGCAAAGGGUGGCUAUUUGAAGAAUCUCAAAUAUAAAAUAUAUUUUGAUUUGUCUUUUUUGGUUACUACAUGUUUCCACAUGUGUUAUUUCAUAGUUUUAAUGUCUUCACUAUUAUUCUACAAUGUAGAAAAUAUUAAAAAUAAAGAAAAACCCUUGAAUGAGUAGGUGUGUCCAAACUUUUGACUGGUACUGUAGGUAUUCAGGUAACAAUCAUGUAAGCAAUAAAUAAUCAAACAGUGCAGAUAUCAAUUGCCACAGUGAGCUCCAUCUUUUUCCUACCAAGGUACAAACCUCUCCUUUCCACUUUGAAGAGUCUUUUCUUUUCUUGGCUGGCCCAUUUUCCUACCCCUCAGUUGUGCCACUACAAGCUGUAAAUAAAAAGAAACACAAAACAUGUUAUUGCUAGUAGCUAUAAGGCACAAAAAGCUUACUGCAGUGUUUCACUAUAUGACAGAUGUGGCUUAUAUGCCUAGUCAUAAAAACAGAAUGACAUUUUACACACACACACACCCCCCCACACCCACAGUGAAAGAGAGCAAUGGAGUAGGAGGAUUCUGCACUGGGCUGACCGAUUGAUCUAGCUAACAUUAGUUAGCUAGCUUGCUAGCUAGCUACAUGAUUGACAUUGCAGCUAUCUUAGCCAGCUUAUCUAGUGGGAACCUAAUGUGAUAGCUAGCUAGUUAGCUAUUGGCCCACACAUCUGAUUAAUCUGUUCACGCUACAUGCCAAUGACAAGGUGGCUAGUUAAUUUAGCAAACAAACAGAUCAUAUGGGGAACUAAAAACAGGAGAUUAAACAUUCUGUCAGAUUCUGGGUUAGCCAAAGCAAACCAGCUAGCUAGUUAGCUACCUAGCCAUUUAAUUUGCACUCGCCCUCAAAACCCAAUUUCAACAGCAGAAUGAUAUCCGAAAAAUACUUAUCUUAAUCCAGAAAUAUAUAAUAUUACAAAGGCAGAAGAUAAUUAAAGUGCAACUGAACUCUGAUCGCAUUUGGCUAAGAACCCACGAACAAAAAUCUCCUUAGGAGUGAAGACGUGUGCUUCACUUCAAGAGCUGUGGUGGAGAUACGGGGUUUGACGGACAACUUUGAGAGCCAAUGGACUUAAGAGUUUUGAUGACAAGUUAUUUUGAAUACAUUCCGUGAAACGUUCUUACAGACGUAAAGGAGAACCAAUAGUAUCAAUUCAUGUAAAACAAAUGUAUAAUCACAACAGUCACUAGGUUUUCAUUUGACAGCGAUGAUAGAAUAAUAUAAAUCUAUGUAACAGAAGUGAUUUGGUCAAAUGUAACAGAGUAAAAAGUAAGUUACUUCCUUCAGAAAAUACUUAAGUAAGAGUACAAGUACAGCCCACAGAGAGUAACUAGAAAAGUUCUAGUUCUUCCAAAAACGGACUUAAGUACAUGUAAAGCGUUACUUGUUGUGCGUUACUACCCACCCCUGGUGCUUGGUAUAGCUUCGAAGAGGAGUGCUGUUGUUUUUUCCCUCUAGUCUAGGUUGCUUUCUGUAGUCUGAGGUGGAAUGAGAAGGCCGCCAUAUUUCUCUCUAAUGUGACUGUAAUUGCAACAGAAGGAGGACAGGUGUGUGUGUGUGUGAAGAGACCAGAAUACCUUAGAGCGAGAGAGAGACGGAGAUAGUCUAAUGGGGAGACUGAGCAAUAGCCUACAGUAUGUCUUCAAUUGGUCCUAGCCUGCAAAGCCUUUAUGAAGCUUCCUAGAUGUGACAUGACAUAGGUUAUAAACAUUCAUGACGUUCCCUCAUAAUGAAUGAGAGAUGACUAGAAUGUACAGGGCAUUCGGAAAGUAUUCAGACCCCUUGACUUUUUCCACAUUUUGUUACGUUACAGCCUUAUUCUGAAAAAAUAAAAAUAAUAAUAAUAAUAAUCCUAAUCAAUCUACACACAAUAGCCCAUAAUGACAAAGCAAAAACAGGUUUUUAGAAAUGUUUGCAAAUGUAUUAAAAAUUAAAUAUUACAUUUACAUAAGUAUUCAGACCCUUUACUUUGUUGAAGCACCUUUGGCAAUGAUUACAGCCUCGAGUCUUCUUGGGUAUGACUCUACAAGCUUGGUACACCUGUAUUUGGGAAGUUUCUCCCAUUUCUUCUCUGCAGAUUCUCUCAAGCUCUGUCAGGUUGGAUGGGAAUGUCGCUGCACAGCUAUUUUCAGGUCUCUCCAGAGAUGUUCGAUCGGGUUCAAGUCCGGGCUCUGGCAGGACCACUCAAGGACAUUCAGAGACUUGUCCCGAAGCCACUCCUGCGUUGUCUUGGCUGUGUGCUUAGGGUCGUUGUCCUGUUGGAAGUUGAACCUUUGCCCCAGUCUGAGGUCCUGAGCGCUUUGGAGCAGGUUUUCAUCAAGGAUCUCUCUGUACUUUGCUCCGUUCAUCUUUCCCUCGAUCCUGACUAGUCUCCCAGUCCCUGCCACUGGAAAACAUCCCCACAAUAUGAUCCUGCCACCACCAUGCUUCACCAUAGGGAUGGUUCCAGGUUUCCUCCAGACGUGACGAAGAUUUCAAUCUUGGUUUCAUCAGACCAGAGAAUCUUGUUUCUCAUGGUCUGAGAGUUCUUUAGGUGCCUUUUUGCAAACUCCAAGCGGGCUGUCAUGUGCGUUUUACUGAGGAGUGGCUUCCGUCUGGCCACUCUACCAUAAAGGCCUGAUUGGUGGGGUGCUGCAGAGAUGGUUGUCCUUCUGGAAGGUUCUCUUAUCUCCACAGAGGAACUCUGGAGCUCUGUCAGUGACCAUCAGGUUAUUGGUCACCUCCCUGACCAAGGUCCUUCUCCCCCGAUUGCUCAGUUUGGCCAGGCGGCCAGGUCUAGGAAGAUUCUUGGUAGUUUCAAACUUCUUCCCUUAAGAAUGAUGGAGGCCACUGUGUUCUUGGGGACCUUCAAUGCUGCAGAUUUAUUUUGGCACACUUCCCCAGAUCCAUGCUGCAGAAAUGAUCUGUCUGCAAAAUAGAUCUGUGCCUCAACACAAUCCUGUCUCGGUGCUCUACAGACAAUUCCUUCGACCUCAUGGCUUGGUUUUUGGUCUGACAUGCACUGUCAACUGCGGGACCUUUAUAUAGACAGGUGUGUGCCUUUCCAAAUAAUGUCCAAUCAAUUGAAUUGACCACAGGUGGAAUCCAAUCAAGUUGUACAAACAUCUCAAGGAUGAACAAUGGAAACAGGAUGCACCUGAGCUCAAUUUCGAGUCUCAUAGCAAAGGGUCUGAAUACGUAUGUAAAUAAGGUAUUUCAGUUUUUUAUUUUAAAUAAAUUUGCAACAAUUUCUAAAAACUUGUUUGCACUUUGACAUUAUGGGGUAUUAUGUGUAGAUUGAUGAGGAUCUUAAAAAAAAAAUCCAUUUUAGAAUAAGGCUGUAAUGUAACAACAUAUGGAAAAAGGGAAGGGGUCUGAAUACUUUCCGAAUGCACUGUAUAUUUCUAUUAUGGCUAUGGCAACACGAUGACAGCUUGUGCAUUAGCCAACUAGCUUACUACUAUUUUACAACUACCUAUUUCACAUGUUCUUGUUGUGAAAGUACCUGCACUUUUAUAUUGCCUCUCUUUGCAUUAUAUAGACACACUCACUUUUUUGUUUGGUUUUCUGUUUUUCAUUUCAGUGUCACAAAAACUACAUCCCUGUGUGUGGCUCCAAUGGCGAUACCUACCAGAAUGAGUGCUACCGGAGACAGGCCUCCUGCAAACAGCAGAGGCUCAUAUCAAGGGUAUCUGAUGGGCCAUGCUCUGCAGGUGAGUGUUUCCACUUCUACUUUACAAUCAGAGAAAUAUAAUUUGUUGAAGGAAAAAUAAGAAUUCCCCGAGACCACAGCAAUUUGACUCACAUGUCCACUGGUCAACCCAUCACAGCCCAGAACAGAACAUUCACUUGAAUAGAAAUGUCUGUUCUAGUAAUUAUAUUUAUAUUAUUACAAUAACGUUCAAUGGAUAUAGACUUGUUCAGUGCUGCAGUCUGAUUGUCUACCUUUCACCCCGAUGUGUGCACUCCUUCACUCAUCUCGUGGAUUUAAAAGGAACAGACUGGUGGAAGGAAUAUGGUAGGAACUCUUUCAGCGCUAGUUCUAGCGGACGCCAAUCCAAUUCGCUUUGUUCAUGUGGGGGAGUGAGCAAGUGCAUACUUCAGGGAGAAGUGUAGGGAAUUAGAAUGCAACCCAGGUGUUCUCAAUCCUAGUCUUCAAGGGCAGCAGUGUCUACAGGGUUUCUGCUCUCCUCAAUACUUUAUUGAUUUCAUUGAUUGGUUUGAGAAUCCGCUCACCUGUGGUCCUCUGUAGCUCAGCUGGUAGAGCACGGCGCUUGUAACGCCAGGGUAGUGGGUUCGAUCCCCGGGACCACCCAUACACAAAAAUGGAUGCACGCAUGACUGUAAGUCGCUUUGGAUAAAAGCGUCUGCUAAAUGGCAUAUUAUUAUUAUUAUUACCUGGUUUCUUAGGUCUAAAUCAAUUAGCAAUUAAAGACAAAGAUGGAAAGCAGCUGGUUCGGUUGGGGACACCUGUUGUCGAAAUAACAAUUUCAGAAUAGGUGUGUUUACAAGUGCUAGUUAUGUGCUUGUCAUUCAUCAGGGUACGGCUUUGAAUAGGAAAUAUCUGACUGGUUCACCAGGUCUAAACCAGAAGCCAUUCUGAGGCAGAAACAAAAGCCCUGCACGGAUUGCCUACACACAAAAACACACACUCACACACAGACACGCACACUGGUUCAUCUGUGCCUGCACUAAGACAGGUUUUCUCAUCGAGUAUCACAGACAUCCCCUAAGACAGACACAUUGUCAUCACACAUAGCAAAAUUGCGAGAAACUUUGAGCAACAGUUUCCAGCUCGCGUCGUGGACCCAGUCUCUCGGGGCGGUGGCCUGAUUUCCCUGGUGACGCACCGCAGUAGUGCACUCUUUUACGACCUACCGAGGGUUCUUGCUCCGCAAUAUGCCCUCUGCUUCCUUCCCCUCUCCUUGCUCAGUCCAAUUUCCUCUUGCCUAGAUUUAUGCUUUCUGUCAUUGAAGCGUUUGGCGGCUAUGAGCCGACUGCCGAGGCAACACCAUGAAUACUAAGGGCCCUAUUCACUAUUUAGUGCACUACUUUUGACCAGAGCCCUAUGGGACCUGGUCAAAAGUAAUGCUCUAUAAAGGGAAAAGGGUGCCAUUUAGGAUGCAGACAUAGGGCUAAGCACUUGUUUUUUUAUAGGGCUUUUUGCAGUAGUGGUAGAAGUGGUUACAGUAGUGUCCGUGUAGGAUGAAUAGGAUGCCCUCCACUGUCCAAGAACACAUUAAAAGGGGCAUGAAUAGAGGGAACAUCAUACAUAGUUUAUGAUAAGCAAUAAACAUUUGCUGGGAUGAGGGGGUCAAAAUCGGUACCAAAAUCGGUCAGAGUCAAGAAAGGGUGUGUCAGAUGUGUCAGAAUUAGGAUAGGACAAAAAGUAUUGUUUGGGUUACAUAAUAUAAUUAACAUUCAGUAUUGGAGUUAAAAACAUUAAUCAAACCCACACCAAGAAGUGUAUCAAUGUCAAUGUUACUUAGGAUCAAGUUUUUCACUCAGUAAAUGUUAGCAACCUACAGUGGAACAGUAUUUUUUUCUGCAGUAUGGAUUUGAUUGAACUACAGUCAAUGUUUUUGCAGUCGAGAUUGGGCUGUGGUUUUGGGUUGAGUAAGCCUUGCAGCUGAUCUAUGGUAGGUUUUAGAGAAUUUAGGUCUGGUCCCUCGGUUAAAAGUUUUCUUGAACUAUGACUUUGCAAAGAGGUGCCGUAAAAGAAACCUGUGGUGAACUUUAAUUGAACGAUGCAGCCAAUAUCCAUCUCCUAAUGCAACAAUACCAUGCCAAAAUCUUGGAAGCAAGUGUCCAUUUCUUAAUUCACGCAUGCUAUGCCAAGAUUUGUGUUGCCAGGGUCCAUUUCUUAAUGCAACAACACUAUGCCAAGAAGUAUAGGGAAGCUGUCCUUAAUACAAUUGAACUUCAGAAGCAGUGUUUUUGAAGGGCAUACACCGUAUGUGGACUAGAAUUGUGACAACGUCUUUCCUAUCUUCACAGAUACUGGCUCCGGCUCUGGAGAUGGAGGUAUGUGUUAUACUCUAUGGUUAAUCCUGUGUUAAGCAUAUAAAUAAGAUACAUUAUAAUAUGUAAUAAAGCAUUGAAAUAAUCUGGACAUACAGUAAUUUGUUCUGUGACUUAUAUAUGAGUGAAACAUCCUUAAAGGCUUACAAAGAUCCAUUAAAGAGGCAGUACAGAACUUUUUCCUCCAGGGGUCUUGAGUCAAAAGGGGUCCCCCCCAAAUGGUCUGAAAUAUUGCCCCAAAAUGACCACAUUGGACAAGAAACGGGCCCGCCUAAAACCAAGGAUUGUGCGGUUUCACAAGUUAAGAAUGAAGGUCAUAUGUGUACAUGAACCAUUUAGGCAAAAUGUGAGGUAAACAAUUAGCAAAUAAACGUCCGUACUGCCUCUUUAACUUUAGCCCUUUUUGAAGAUUUUUCCUCACACAACAUCGAAGGGUGUACCAAGUCCUAGGAAGUACACAGACUUGAUACACCAGGCACUUAUUUCCUAUUCUGUUCAUGCUGAAUGCUAAUGCAGUCCCUUGACAAUUGGUCAAGGAAAUGACUAUUUAGAUUGCAGUUGAACUUUAAAUCCCCCUGUUUAUUCCCUACUUCUGAAAGCUUCCAACUCUCAGAGUUUGUCUCGGAAUACAUUUCAGACAAUACACAACAAAUUCCUUUAAUGAAUACUCAAUCUGAUUUUUGGAUGAUUUAUGAAUGAGGGUUACGCAAGCCAGUGAACCUCCCGGCUUUGUACACAGUCUAUAAGCGAGCUGGAAUAUUAAGUCCCUAAUAAUGGUCUGAGAGAAAAUGGCUGUUCGUUCCUCCCAUUAACUUCUCCUCAUGGAGGCAUUGAUAUUUCACUAUUUGGAUAUUCCAUCUACAGACUAUUUACAGACUAUCAUUGACAUUUCAAUUGCAUGUCUUUAGCCUCUCAGUAGCAUCUCAACAGUAUAUAUCAUCAUUUUCAACCAGGUAGUAUAUAGUCCAUCUAUAGAUGAUCAUCAAACCAUCUGUAGACUAUCAGCAGCAUUUCAACAGCAUAUCUGUAGCCUGCCUGUCAGUAAUAUUUCAACAGUGUAUCCCUUCACUUGCACAAAUGCCAAGCCCAUCGAGACAUUUUGUGACCAUCUGCAUGUGGCGACCGCAGCGUUUGUUGUUUAAUGUGACUGUUGGGGUUAUAAUUGGAAAGCAGUGACUGGGGACCCAAUAUCUCUACCAUCUGCACAGGACUCAAUAGACGUGCAUAAUCCCCUACAGGCGAUUGGCUGAGCUGUUGAUGAUAUCAAUUAUUAAAGUGCAAUCGAGCUCUGAUGCUUGUGUAUCUGUCUGUGUGCUUUGGCUGUGUUUUGCUGUCCCCUUUGAACACGGUUGGGUAUUCACAGUGGUUCUCUAUGGGGAUAGUGAUUCUGUUCGUGGGUGUGUUCGUGUUUUUAAUGUUGUUGUGUGGAUGCUGUGUGUGUGUGUGUUUGGGUGUGGGUGUGUAUAGCAAUGGAUGUGUGAUUGCUGUGUGUGUGUUUGGGUGUGGGUGUGUAUAGCAAUAGAUGUGUGAUUGCUGUGUGUGUGUUUGGGUGUGGGUGUGUAUAGCAAUAGAUGUGUGAUUGCUGUGUGGGUGUUUGGGUGUGGGUGUGGAUAGCAAUGGAUGUGUGAUUGCUGUGAAUGAGGAUUGUCUGGUGUCUGUACCUAUAUGUAUGUCAUGGCUGUGUGUGUGUGUGUGUGUGUGUGUGUGUGUGUGUGUGUGUGUGUGUGUGUGUGUGUGUGUGUGUGUGUGUGUGUGUGUGUGUGUGUGUGUCUGCGUGCGUGCGUAUGUGCGUGUGUGUAUCAGAGGUGGUUGGUGGCACCUUCAUUGUGUAGGACGGGCUCAUAGUAAUGGCUGGAACAGAAUAAAUGGAAUGGUACCAUGUGUUAGAUACCAUUCCAUUUACUCCAUUCCAGCCAUUGUUGUGAGCUGUGCUCCCCCUGACCAGCCUCAUGUGGUGUGUGUGUUUCUGUGUGUGUGUGUGUUUCUGGGUGUAUGUGUGUGUGAGCGAGAGAGAGAGAGAGCGAGCGAGCGAGUGAGAGAACUGAGAACAGAAUGUUUGGUACACUCAGCCUUUGUGUGUGCCUCUGUGGAUGGUUCAUGGCUACUGUGUGUUUGCGCACAAGUGUAGGCGUGUUGUAAUAAUGUAUAAAGGUGGAUAGAAGGUAACACGUACACUGGCAUUGAUUGAGUGGGGAUGCACAGUGAGGUACUGUACAGCUGUUUCCAUGGAAUGGAAGGUUGUCAACAAUGUGAAAGGGUUAUUGUGGGGUGGUAGGGUUGUGUUCAUUUUAGGUGUAUAAUAUCCUGCUUUGGCAAAGCACACAAAUCUAAUCAAAACAAGGACUGGCUUACUGACUGUGAUAAAGCUAAUAUAUUCUAUCUAGAGAAUAGGGAAUGGCUGUUUGUUUGGGAAGACUGCUGGAUGUGGCCUUACAUCCGUUAAACCCAAGGAUACAAAUAAUAUUCACGUCUCUGUUUUAUCACACAAGUAAUGUAUAUGAAUCGAAUCUGUAAUAAUGGGCUAACAUUUAAGGGGAAAUCUGGGAUUUCUACAUCCUUUUUAGGGCUGUUAAAGUAAUGAUAUAGCCUACUGUAUAUAACGCAAUUUAUUCUUGAAGAAUAUAACGUAUAAAUGCCUCAUGAGCUUUUAUUGUGGUACAUAUAGUUUCUUGGGUAAUGCUGACAAAAUCCGGUGACACAGGUUAACCUAGCCUAGUAGCAACAACAAAGCCUUAGCAGAUCUUUCUCUAUUGAUCCUGUGUCCUCCCGACUAAGCACCACAGCCAAUACAAGCAUAAACAGCAGGCCAAUCUGUCAGUACAGAGCGAUAACCCACAUUCCCCCCACCGCCCAGGUUUAUUGCAUUUGAUCAAAUAUGGGUUAAUUGUAAUCCGCUUUGAUAGUGGUGGGCGUUUUUUUACAUUAGGAAAUUACACCGGAUGAAUCCCUAAACGGCCCUCGAUGAAUACAGACCCAAUCAUCUGCACACAGAUGCUAAUGAUACCUCAACUCAUUGAUAUCUGAAUUUGAUUGUUAUUGCCUUGUCCGUAGUGAAUCCUCUGCUCUCCACUGGAAAACCACUACUCCACUGCCAGAUAAUAGUAACGCAUCACUAUAAUUCCAAAAUGCCCUGUUUUGUCUUGAUUAUCAUGGUUUGUUUUCACUGUCAUUGUAUAAAUCCCUUUUCUCAUACAAGCUGACGCAAUAGAACGUGUGAGUCACUGGUGUCUUAUUUUCCAUAUCCGUCUCCUGUAAUGAUAGUGAAUUUAGGCAGAGCGGUUGAUGUGAAGUGCUUUGUAUCCAUUGCAAUGGUAUGAUUAUGUUCAGUGGGAAAGAAAUUGAUCUCAAUGAAUCAAGAAUGUAUCCCUGGGAAAGAAUGCACUGAACUGAAAGUGAAAGUGGGGAACAGAAUGAAGCAAUGGUAAUGAAACAGACCUGGUAUAGAGGGACAUGGAGAUACACGAUGAAAUGGGGAGAAAUGCAACAGAAGGAGAAUUUCUGGUACAAAUGAAAGGGAACUUUGUUACUGAAAAUAUAAAAUAGAAGAAUGAGAAGACGAAAGGGACAGAAAGUCUUGGAACCAAAUUCAUUAAACAGAGAGAAAAAAAAUCAUGACAGCUGUGAUGGAAACAGGAAGUUUCGGUACAAUUGUAUAAAUGACGAUAGAUCGUUUGUUUGUUCUUGUUCGUUCGACACGUUGGGAUCUUUUUGUGUCGGUAAAAUGUAUUAUGCGAGAAAUGGCGGUGGAAAUGCCUUUAUGCGCAACUAUUGAUAUAAUCACCAUCAUAUCGAAUUAAGCUUGGAGUCACGCAAUGAUAUGGUGUGUGUCGCCAAUUGGAUGGAAACCUAGUUAAUGAUACAGACAUGAAUGAUACAGUAAUGAAAAACCUUAGGCACUGAAAAGAUUUGAUUAGGAAUAUGGCAAACAUCCUACUUGCCUAUCAGAGGGCAAGGUGAAGCUACUACCAUGCCUAAUUAUUUUGGCUCUACAUGAAGUGACAAGGGGCUAGGGGUUGCUUCUAGACUGAGCCAUUGCCUGAGCAAGGGAGAGUAGAAUGGGAAUAAGUAAGCCAUGGUUCAGGAUGCUGUGAAACAGAAAACUAUGAAUGAAACCCAAAUAGCAGGUAACACUGUUUUGCAUGUCCACUCUGCUCUUCCAGAAUACGAAGGCUCAGGCACAGACGUGGGGAAGAAGUUCACAAAGUGCGGCACGUGCAAGUAUGGAGCAGAAUGCGACGAGGACUCUGAGGAUGUUUGGUGAGUUUCUGUAAAAUAGUAACUAUCUCAUCUAAUAUAUUUUUCAUAUCAUACAAUAGGUCAUAGAAUAUUGAACUUAGGCAUUGAUGAGUUGUCUCUGGCCUCAUUGUAGGACCAACAAUAUUAAACACAUUGUCAUUAUAAUCUAAAAUACAUUUUACAUUUCAAUACUGUAUCAUACUGCAUUAACAUACAGUAUUAGUAUCAUGCAGUGCCAUCAUACAUAAUCACCCUGUAAACAUACACGUCCAAGAGAUCUUCCUAAUAUACUGUAGUCGACGCUGAUGGAUGAAGACUAGUAGUUUAGGGUUACAAAUUUUAUAUUUUUCUGUCAGGUGCAUAUGUAACAUUGACUGCAGCGGACACAAUGAGAACCCUGUGUGCGCCACGGACGGAAACUCCUACAACAACCCCUGUCUGGUCCGAGAGGCCUCAUGCAUGAAGCAGGAGCAGAUCGACGUCAAGCACCUUGGGAGAUGCCCAGGUGAGACUGAGCACUAUGCUGUGCAACUAGUAAAACUGGUUUACUGCUUGUAAAACAUUAUUUUUUGGGGGUGGGGGGGGCAAAUUCACAACCUACUGUACACAACUGGGUUGAAAUGGCGUACUUUUAUAACUCACCAAGGUUAUGGCGCAGCUUUUCAAAGCCCAGCAAGACCAGAUGAGGGGAUUUUCCCAUUUUGAUUCAAUAAAAAAGUGAUAAAUACCAUCAACCGGCAGUUUUAUCUGUGGUACACAGGCCAACGAACCUUCAGUAUCUUUACCAUGUUGGCUCGUAUUGGGGUCAGAGAUCAAACCAUUUCUAGAGGGAGAAGAAACAUCCCGUUCCCUGAGGGGGGAAGGUUCCUCACAACUUUGGAAUGUGGUCUCAGAGACUGUGUUCAUGCUAGCUAGCCGGAUGCUAGCCGGAUGCUAGUUGUCCCCCACGAUGAAAUCGGAGGGGGGACUAUGGAUCUGUCUCCGUCUGUACGUUAGUCAAACGCGAUUCUCAGACACCACUGGCCGAAACGUGGGUGAAUGAUGCAUAAUCAACUGAAGUUCCAAACUCUGAACAAGCAUAGCUCCUGUCCCAUUUACUGUUGCCUUGUUUCACACUGAAAUGGCUGUUUAUGUUAGCAUUAUUCUAGUGUCAAUCUCUUACCCAAAGUCUUUAUUUACACUGGGAACAAACUGCCCCAGUCUAUUUGGGCCAAACCUACAGUAUACAGCUAGCCUCCAUUAUUAUGGUAGACACCAUAGGAAGCUAGCCAUAUUAGGGCUCGGCCAAUCCCUCACUUUAAACAGUAUGUUCGCAUUUUAGGCAACCACUUAAGUCUCUCUGGGAAGUAUAAUUACACUAGCUCCAGGAACAAUACUGUUAGCUUCACUCAUCUCACCUGGAGACUUUCUUACACCAACCAUAUGCUAGUACAAAUGCUAGCUAACCCUAUGCUAGUUUACCCCAAAAACCGUAGUCCCAUUGUAUUCUCAUCACACAAGUUACACAAAGUUACAAGUCACACUUGACACAAAGCUGUGGUAAUGCUAGGCCCCGUUUCCCCUCGUAGAGUCCUUCAUGCCCGCCUGAUUGAAGCUCGCAGCCAGAUAAGCCUUACCAAGCAGACACCUGUCGUCAGCGCUGAGCCGGCCGAUCAGUCAUGCAAAUCAAUGAGCACUAGGCAAGCAUAUCAAAGCCUCCGAAGUCAGUAAACAAACACACAAGCCCUGACCGGCGCCUCAAAAGGAAUAACAUUUAUUUAUACUCCCCCACCGCCAUUCCAAACCCCUGUCACGUCGAACCUUCCCAGAAUUCAAUUUACUCAGCCAUGAUUGAAGCUCGCUUCUUCAGAGGCAUCUUUAGAGGGGGGAAAAGCUCAAAUUAGUUAUCCCAGGUCACGGUAUGAGAAGUUUUGAUCAAGCCACUGCUGGAUGACGUUUUGGGGGGAAGGGCUCAUUUGUAGUCCUGUGUUGAGCAUCUGAUUGAGGCUGUCUGUAUUGCCAGGAGGGAGGGGUUUGCAUUUUGCGGACUAUUCCAUUGGUUCCAUUGUGCCAGGCAUGCUCAAUCAAUCCCAGGUCAAUUAUUUGAAUGAAAAGAUAAUAUUAUUUGGAACCUGGUUUGCAAAUGUCAGGCACAGCUAUGACAAAGCUACUGAUUGCCUCUGUGGGAGAGAAGUCUAAGCGACAGUGUGCCCUGCAGGGCCUGGGAGGAGGAGCAACAGACCAAUUUUCUAGGAUCACGCCGGGUUCCUUCACACAAACAGGGAUUAAGAUAUUUUGUGACGCUCGAAACCCCAUAUGCCAAAUGUCAUCGCAGUAUCAAUGAAUAUUUUCCCCAUGAUUUUAUUUUAGCAGAUUCAUUUGUUCAACCACAGUGUCAUUGAUUAGAGUCGAUACAUAUUUGAUCAUAUUUAAAUUCCUUUAGGUUGUGCACUAACUCAAGGGUUAGUAAACUCGACAGCUUCAAAAUAAAGCACAAGCAUUUGCUUGCAGGUGGCACUACAUAUUUAACCACUGUUGCAUGUUAGAUUUUACACAUCAAAGCAACAGCAAGGUAAAUCUGUAGCUAUCUCAGUAAUCCUACAUCUCGCAGCAAUUCUUUCAUAAUCAGGCCCACACUUUUUUAGGUUAAAACAACAGGGAUUAUCCCUCUAGAAUGUUCUACAACCACUGACUUCCCACUGUGGCUAGAUUGUGAGCCACUACACAGUGCAACAUCAAAAACAAACACGAAAGAAAGAAGCACUAUCAAUAUUUCCCGAGGAAGGAUAGAAUAUAAAAAAUGGAUGAGUGUAUGUGCCACUGUGUUUACUUAUUCACAGCCCCACACCUCUCUAUUGCUCUUUUCCUCUCAUCUUCCUGUUUAGCAUGCACCCCACCAACUGAUCUCGUCUGCGGGCCAUUGCAACAAGACGAGAGCGGCGUUGUGUCAAGCCAGCGUUAGCUGUCGACUGUUUUGUAUGAUAGGAAAACACAGAGACAAAUAUUGACACACAGACACAUACACAGACACACCACAAUCACACACACUGUCAACAGUGGCGCAGUGGUCUAAGGCACUGCAUCGCAGUGCUAACUGUGCCACUAGAGAUCCUGGUUCGAAUCCAGGCUCUGUCGCCGCCGGCCACGACCGGGAGACUCAUGGGCGGCGCACAAUUGGCCCAGCAUCGUCCAGGGUAGGGGAGGGAAUGGCCGGCAGGGAUGUAGCUCAGUUGAUAGAGCAUGGCGUUUGCAACGCCAGGGUUGUGGGUUCGAUUCCCACGGGGGGCCAGUAUAAAAAAAAUAUGUAUUCACUAACUGUAAGUCGCUCUGGAUAAGAGCGUCUGCUAAAUGACUAAAAUGUAAAUGUAACAGGCACAACUCCCUGCACUCGCUGUCCCAGACCGGACUCACCUCGCUUUCGAAAAGGCCCGUAACACAUACAUAGACCUCUCUACGCCUCCGUUCUGACAGAUAGAUACCCCCCUUCAGACAGAGAGCAAAUAUCCCCCACUUCCUUCGAAACCCUGGGAAAUAAUUAUCCUCCAAACAUCCACGAAGAGAAACAGUCUCAGCCAGUUUGUUUGUUUGAGACAAAUCUGUAGCCAGACAGAUGGACAGGACCUGCCUCCAGCUGUCUCUCAUAUUGACAGAUAAACAGGUAGAAAGACAGAGACUGACAAGCAGACACAGACAGACAGGCAGACAGACAAACAGGCAGGCAGGCAGAUAGGCAGACAUACAGUGGGGAGAACAAGUAUUUGAUACACUGCCCGAUUUUGCAGGUUUUCCAACUUACAAAGCAUGUAGAGGUCUGUAAUUGUUAUCAUAGGUACACUUCAACUGUGAGAGACGGAAUCUAAAACAAAAAUCCAGAAAAUCACAUUGUAUGAUUUUUAAGUAAUUAAUUUGCAUUUUAUUGCAUGACAUAAGUAUUUGAUACAUCAGAAAAGCAGAACUUAAUAUUUGGUACAGAAACCUUUGUUUGCAAUUACAGAGAUCAUACGUUUCCUGUAGGUCUUGACCAGGUUUGCACACACUGCAGCAGGGAUUUUGGCCCACUCCUCCAUACAGACCUUCUCCAGAUCCUUCAGGUUUCGGGGCUGUCGCUGGGCAAUAUGGACUUUCAGCUCCCUCCAAAGAUUUUCUAUUGGGAUCAGGUCUGGAGAUUGGCUAGGCCACUCCAGGACCUUGAGAUGCUUCUUACGGAGCCACUCCUUAGUUGCCCUGGCUGUGUGUUUCGGGUCGUUGUCAUGCUGGAAGACCCAGCCACGACCCAUCUUCAAUGCUCUUACUGAGGGAAGGAGGUUGUUGGCCAAGAUCUCGCGAUACAUGGCCCCAUCCAUCCUCCCCUCAAUACGGUGCAGUCGUCCUGUCCCCUUUGCAGAAAAGCAUCCCCAAAGAAUGAUGUUUCCACCUCCAUGCUUCACGGUUGGGAUGGUGUUCUUGGUGUUGUACUCAUCCUUCUUCUUCCUCCAAACACGGCGAGUGGAGUUUAGACCAAAAAGCUCUAUUUUUGUCUCAUCAGACCACAUGACCUUCUCCCAUUCCUCCUCUGGAUCAUCCAGAUGGUCAUUGGCAAACUUCAGACGGGCCUGGACAUGCGUUGGCUUGAGCAGGGGGACAUUGCGUGCGCUGCAGGAUUUUAAUCCAUGACGGCGUAGUGUGUUACUAAUGGUUUUCUUUGAGACUGUGGUCCCAGCUCUCUUCAUGUCAUUGACCAGGUCCUGCCGUGUAGUUCUGGGCUGAUCCCUCACCUUCCUCAUGAUCAUUGAUGCCCCACGAGGUGAGAUCUUGCAUGGAGCCCCAGACCGAGGGUGAUUGACCAUCAUCUUGAACUUCUUCAAUUUUCUAACAAUUGCGCCAACAGUUGUUGCCUUCUCACCAAGCUGCUUGCCUAUUGUCCUGUAGCCCAUCCCAGCCUUGUGCAGGUCUACAAUUUUAUCCCUGAGGUCCUUACAGAGCUCUCUGGUCUUGGCCAUUGUGGAGAGGUUGGAGUCUGUUUGAUUGAGUGUGUGGACAGGUGUCUUUUAUACAGGUAACGAGUUCAAACAGGUGCAGUUAAUACAGGUAAUGAGUGGAGAACAGGAGGGCUUCUUAAUGAAAAACUAACAGGUCUGUGCGAGCCGGAAUUCUUACUGGUUGGUAGGUGAUCAAAUACUUAUGUCAUGCAAUAAAAUGCAAAUUAUUUACUUUAAAAUCAUACAAUGUGAUUUUCUGGAUUUUUGUUUUAGAUUCUGUCUCUCACAGUUGAAGUAUACUUAUGAUAAAAAUUACAGACCUCUACAUGCUUUGUAAGUAGGAAAACCUGCAAUAUCGGCAGUGUAUCAAAUACUUGUUCUCCCCACUGUAUAUGUAUGUGUGUGUAUUAUAUGCAUGUGUGAAUGUGUGUGUGUGAGAGAGUGCUUCAAUUUAUCUUGUCUUAUUUCUAACAGCAGAUAAAGACAAAAUGGGGAAGAAAGAUGACGGCAGUUCGUACAAGCCUGAUCUUUUAGGUAAGCAUAUUUUCAAUUGACUUUAUUUUUAUCUACCUGUCAUUGUGUUUCAAUUGUUGAUUCAUGUAGGAGCAUUGAAGUCGUAAUCCCACUAUAAAGCUACAGUAGAUAAGCGCUUGGAAGCUUGUAUGAUUCGGCAAACAUACUGUAAUACAGUAUACCAAAACACCAAAUUACACCACUUCACUUCAACUUACUGUAGCACAGAAGCAGAUCAAAACAAGAACAAAGAUAAAACAUAAUUCAAAAAGCACCCAUGACUAUUUUCCAUUUAUUCAUUUUGUGCAUUGCUAUUUUAAUCAACUCAAUCUCUCUUGGGAACAAUUCCCAUAAAGCUUUGAGCAUUUUGAAUCAAUGGCUUCAGUGCUGAUGCAAUUCAUAAUGCUGUGCAAAAAAUUGUUCUUAACGAGAGGGAAUCGACAAAAAACGAGCAUGUGAUGUCAUCACAUAUCAUUACCGCAAAUGCCAUUCUCUCCUUAUUUCUUGGGAAUGUUUGUUUUCAUUUGAAGGUUUAGUCGUUUAUUUGAUUUUGAUGUACACAUUCGCAGCUGAAAGCUAAAUUGCUGUACACACAGUAGUUUACAUGGCCUAAACCGAAAUACAGUGUUCAAAAGAAGUCUACAAAUAAUUAAGCUAUUCCUAGGAAUAGUUUUACAAAGUUACUUGGGUUAUGUUUUUUCUUCUAAAAUCCUAUUUCUCAGACACAGCAGACCCAGGGGAUGGCUUCUACGCUGGGAUGCCCAUCCCCUGUGCGGAGAGCUACGCUGGCUUCUGUGUACACGGGAAAUGCGAGAUCAAGUACAACAUGGCCACCUGCAGGUCCGUCUCAUAUCUGUCAUGGCACCUCCUUUCCUUUCUUCUUUCCCUCUUUCACAUUCACACGCUGUAGGCAGAUCGCUGACGGGCGUCUAGCUGUUUAGAUACAGUAUGAAAUGGUCUGAUAAUCUGUAUGUCAUGUGGCUGUCAUAAAUGGAAGGGUCAGAUCAUUUUGUUUAUAAUAGUAAUAGGGCAUUGUACAGCAUUCCUGGUCUUAAUGUAAAUUUUUUCAUCAUGGCUCUGUCUCCUUGUGAUGUCGCCAACAGGUGCGACUCGGGCUACAAGGGGGCGCAGUGCGAGGAGCCCCAGGACUUCAACAUCCUGUAUGUGGUGCCCAGCGGCCAGAAGCUCCACUACGUCCUCAUCGCCGCCAUCAUUGGCGCCGUGCAGAUCGCCAUCAUCGUUGCCGUGGUGAUGUGCAUCAUGAGGUAAGCGGCUAGGUGUCACACCUCUCACAGAGGUGUGAUGUUUCUGUCUUUCACGUUGUCAACAAGUUCAGCGAAGGAGAGGAUUGAAAAUAACGCAAGGCUUGAGGUGUGAGUGGCUUAAAGCCAAGGAAGCCGACCGUAUGUGUGACUGACCAGGGUUUAAACCUGGGUCUCCAGCGUGGCACAGGACUGUUAGUCCACUGAGCUAAAGCCUAGGUGUUCAAGUCUCAGGCAAGGUUACUCAUCACAUGAGAGUAAUUCCGUGGAGUAGGUGUAUGGAUGCUAAGAAAUAACAUUUGGAUCAAAGGCAAUCAAUUAAUUUACUGUCUAGUUUUAUGAAGUUAUUCAGUGCUUAGAAGAUAAUAUAAUAUUAAUGUGUGUGGGGAAAGUUAAUCUUUCCUAGCAGACAGUUAAACAAAUCAUCCAUCAUUAAACGAAACCACAUAAAUCUCUCAUAGCUUAGUUUUAAGCACUGACUUAGAAUCUGAGGCUCAAAACGAAUUUCCUUUUUUGUACUUACAGGAAAUGCCCGAAAAACAACAGGGGCCGUCGACAAAAGCAAAACCUCGGACACUUCUCAUCAGACACUAACUCCAGG